AUGGCGACAGCUAGCCUUAAGAAAGCCUUGCAGGUGUUUUAUGUUCUUCAGGCUUCGGCGGCGCUGCUGGCUAAUGCAGCUUGCCCUAACCACUGCAGCGGCCACGGCACUUGUGGACCGGGGGCGAAAUGCACCUGCAACUCUGGUUGGGAUUUCGCGCCGGACUGUUCUUUGCGCACUUGCUCAAAGGGGGUAGCAUGGGCAGACAAGGCGUACGCUACGGACAUUGCGCACAGCGAGGUCGAGUGCUCUAACGCAGGGAUCUGUGACAGAGAUACCGGGAUUUGCUCGUGCUUUUCGCCUUUUACCGGGGCGGCGUGUCAACGAGCUCGAUGCCCCGGGGACUGUUCUGGGCACGGGACUUGCAUGACGAUUGCGGACAUGUCGCGUUUUUACGGGCCUGACUACACGCAGCCGGGGACGGGGGGGGACGGUAUUGGGCCGUCCUACGGCAAUUGGGACGCACAGUCCACGACAGCGUGCUACUGCGACCAGGGACACUUUGGGGCCGAUUGUUCGAAUAGAAUGUGCCCAAAGGCUGAUGAUCCAGUGACGGUAAACCAAGACGAUCGGUCGAUCUUCAUCAGCGUCGGCACGGACCACAGCGACUCCAUGAACGGGUCUCUCGCGUUCACGUUCAACGGGCACUCUACGCGAUUAAGCACGAGCAUCUUCACGAGCACGGUAGCGGACUCCCUCUGCGAGGCGGCUUUCGAGAGACUGGAGAACGUGGAAGACGUCGUCUGCGAGACUGCGGCGAUUGCCAACGGCGGACUACAAAUGAACCUCACGUUCUCGAGCUUCCCGAUUGUCCCGGUCGAGAACAACGUGUUCUACCACACCGGAAACCCCGACUUGUCGGCGUUUACGUGCGAUGUCAGCGCAGUGUACCCCGCCAACCUCGUGGACUGUAACAUCACCGACAUCAAGAAUACCAACAUUAAGGAGUACGAGUACUGCGCUCGUCGUGGUUUGUGUGAUUUCGGGACCGGUUUGUGCACGUGCUUGGAGGGAUACACCGGGGCCGCCUGCAGCAUUUCGAGCUACACGUACAGCGCGAGCAACGCGAUGCCCGGCAUGAGCCUGCUCGCCUCGGGCCUUGACUACAUAGGCAACGUGCUCGAAACAAUUAGCGACAAGCGGGCUGCUUCCGAUUUCAACUUCAUACAAUGCACUGCUAGAGACACGGUGGUUUUCCAGGUUAGAGGAGACGGGUACAUCGAGAUCGCCGAGCUCGUCAUCACAGCCGGGGGACUCGUUGUUGAACAAGGGGGGUUCGAGGUAGAGAGCGGCGGGCUGGCUGUGACCGAGGACGGCGCCAGCAUCUCCAGAUCGUCAACGAGCGAUGAUGUGCUCGCCGUGGCUGCAACAAGUACGUGGUACGGAUAG